AGUUGUAUUGUUGUAUUCUCCAGAGGUAUGGUGUUAAUGUAAUAUCUGUAAUUGUUUGGUGAAAAUAUAUUAGCAUAUUAUGUAUGAUUAAUUUAAUAGGAGAUUCAUUUAUGUAUCACCUUAAUUUUGAAAAUUUGUUUACUAUAUUCAUUUCAACUCCUUGCAUACUCUGUGAAGACUUGGCAACGCAGUAAAAAGACCGGUUCAUUUCUGUAUCCCCGUCAGAAAAAUCAGCUGUUUAUCGUAUGAUUUAAUUUUUGAACGGUUAGGUGAGAGUGGAGCGAUUGAAGGUGUUCUUUGUGUAGAUUGUGAAAUUUGUUAUAACAUUUACAUCGGUAAUAAGUGUAAUUUUGUGAAGAUAAACGUUAUUUGGACGAAAAAACAACACAACGGUGCUAAGUGUCAUUGUGAUUAAGUGACCUAAUUAGAGGAGGACUGUGAUAAGACUUUAAUUACGAAUAAUGUACUGAAUAACUCUUCACAAUUAGGAGCCAAAUUUAGGGUUGAAAUCGACGUCUAUAUUAUCUAUCAAAAUGCAUGGAAUGAUGAAAAUUUUCUCAAAUUUCAAAGAUUUUUAUAACGAUAUAAAUGGUGCAACAUUGACUGGUGCUAUAGAUGUGAUUGUAGUAGAACAACAAGAUGGUUCUUUCAAUUGUUCCCCGUUCCACGUAAGAUUUGGGAAGUUGGGAGUUUUAAGAAGUAGAGAGAAGGUGGUGGAUAUAGAAAUAAAUGGAGAGCCACAAGAAAUUCACAUGAAACUUGGAGAAAGUGGAGAAGCUUUUUUUGUAGAAGAACUAGAAGAUGAUGAUGAUGAAGAAAUUCCAGAACAUUUGGCCACGUCACCAAUACCUGUGUCAGAAUUCGAAAACAUGUUUAAGAAACAAGGAAGGCGGCUAAGCUUGGAAGAUAUUUCCAAUUUAGGAUUGGAAAAUGAAGCAAAUGAUUAUAAAACACGUCGCAAUACUGCUGAUAAUGAGAAUAGCAAAACACGUGAACGAAAUUUCAUUAGAAGACAAUUGGUUUUAGGUAAUUUGGAAAUCAACGAAAAUUCAGCAGAAGAAAUGACAUUAUCUAUGAUAUCAGGAAAACACAGCAGCGAAGAUUUAAGUAAAAGUCAUAACGAUAUAUCGGAAACCAUAUUUAAAAUGGAUAGCUUAGAUAUAGAAAACAGUAAGGCUGAAGAAUUGAAGUCUGAAAAUAUAGCUCCGGUAUCUACUGCUACAUAUACCAAAAGUACAGAUGAUCCUUCUACAGAAAGUAAGAGUAGUAAAAAACGUCGAAAAAGAUUGCGAAGAAAAAAUGCUCCAAAGAAAUCAUCAAGUAUUAACCAAAUAAGCGCUAGUCAAGCUUCAGAAAAUUUAGAAAAUAAUGAUACAAUUACUGAUAGAAGUUCAUUGGAUAGUAAUGGUUCUGAACCAGAUCUCAAGGAAAUCCAAUCGAAAUCCAGAAAUAAUGAGGAUAUAUUGCGGGCCGAUACUUCAAAUAUUAAAAAAAUCGAUGCUGAUUUUCAUUUUUUCAGCGAUACUGAACUAACAAAAAAUGGAAAUGUUGAUUCCAGAGCCGCGUCUCCUGUCAAUGUUGAAGCUGUGUUGUCUGACACAGAAUUUGAAGUAAAGGGAAGAAAAGAUGAUCUCAUGGAUGGUGCAAAAAGCUGGGAAUGGGGUGGAUUUCCAAGCGUAUCUCAAACAAAUUCUCCAGCUAGCGAUAAGGAACAUAGAUCUAUGCUAAGCGGUAUGUUUUCCUUUAUGAAACAAAAACAUGGUACUCAGAAUCCUUUAGAAGGAGGAAUAUAUUUGUCAGAGAUUACUUCAGGUACUGUCAAUCAAGAAGUAGCUCAAACAUAUUUCAGUACAAGCAAGGAGAGAAAAGAAGUCGAGGUGGAUUGUGAAUCAGGAAAUGGACCUUCGCUGACUCAAAGCCCCAACAGCGCAGAUGGAUGCAAAAGUAUCGACUCCGAUUUUGAGGAUCAAAAUAAAUUUGCCCAGACGUUUUCACAAGAUAUCUCGCUCUCCAUGUGUGGCUGGGAACCGGAACCAAAUUGCAACAGGUUUUUAGAAAAAGUCGUUAAAUUUAGCGAUUUGUGUAAUAAUCCCAUUCUAUUCGAAAAUCCCGAUUUGGUUGUGAGGAUCAAAGAUAAAUAUUAUACGUGGAAAGUCGCUGCACCUAUUAUAACCAGUAUAAUGGUAUAUGGAAGACCGUUGGUUCAAUCAUCUGUUGAUCAGUUAUGUAAUAUACACAUGCCAAAUCGGCCAGCUGCACAGGAAUUGAAAGAAGAAGGUCCGAAACAAGAAAUUAGACGAUCCUGGUGGAGAUGGAGUCGUGGUGCAACUUCUAGAGAAACUACUCCUGCUUCUGAAAAUGUUAAUAUUAAAAAAGUUGUUGAUACCAAACAGGUUGUUAUAGAAAAGGGGGAGCAUGUCAAAAUAAAAGAAAAUGACAAAUUAGAAGAAAGUGACAAAACGGAGUCUUUUGGUGAACAAAUUAAUAUACCUAGAUCUCCUAACUCUAGUUUUGAAAAGUAUCGAAAAACUUUAAGAUUGACUUCUAAACAAAUUGCUUCAUUAAAUUUAAGAGACGGUUUGAAUGAAGUAGAAUUCAGUGUUACAACAGCUUAUCAGGGAACUACAAGAUGCCAGUGUCAUUUGUACAAGUGGAAAUGGGACGACAAAAUUGUUGUAUCUGAUAUAGAUGGUACCAUAACAAAGUCUGACGUUUUAGGCCACAUCUUACCUAUCGUUGGCAAAGAUUGGGCACAGACUGGAGUAGCUCAAUUAUUCAAUAAAAUUGAAGAUAAUGGUUAUAAAUUACUCUAUUUGAGUGCAAGAGCCAUUGGCCAGGCAAGGAUUACCAGGGAUUAUUUAAAAUCUAUUAAGCAAGGAAAUUUGAGUAUGCCUGAUGGUCCAAUACUUUUGAAUCCAACAUCUCUGAUAACGGCUUUCCACAGGGAGGUCAUCGAAAGGAAGCCAGAACAGUUUAAAAUUUCAUGCAUGUCCGAUAUCAAAGCUUUAUUUCCUGUUGAUUCAAAUCCUUUUUAUGCUGGUUAUGGAAAUCGAAUUAAUGACGUUUGGGCUUACAGAGCAGUUGGGAUACCAAUAGUUAGAAUAUUCACCAUCAAUCCAAAAGGGGAAUUAAAGCAUGAACUCACCCAAACUUUCCAGUCAAGUUAUUCCAACAUGAGUGUAAUUGUUGACCAGCUGUUUCCGUCUCGUUUGGAAGCAGCAAAUGAUUUCUCGCAAAAUAUAUAUUGGCGUGAUCCUAUAGCGCAAAUUGAUGAAGACCCUUUAGUUUAAAAGGCUAUUUAUAAAAUAUGUCAUUUGCAUUUAUUAAUGUAAACCUCUGUGAUUAGCUUAAAAUAUUUGUGCUUAUUGCUGAUUACUGUUUAAGUUUGGCAUGUGUAAAUUUAUAAUUACCCAAUUGUGAUAGGAAAAUUAAUUAAGGGGAUGGAGACGUAACAUUUUAGACUUGGAUUGAUUUUUAAAAAUAUGUAAGAUACAUGUACAUUUUAAUUUUUGUAAACCCCUCUUCUGUUGUUGUAACGUAACCUUUAAUUUUUAUUUUAUAAGGGCGCUAUUAAUUUUAGUAGACAUUUAAAUUUUUUUAGGUGAUCAGACUUACCAAAUUAUGGCUUUAUUUCACAGACCGUUUGAUUUAUUACUUCAGGUUUUUUUAUAAUUAUAGUAUUUGAAGGCAUUAUGCCAAUUCCAAUUUAUGAGUAAUUUAAAAAUAGUAUAUUUCAACUGACAUAUUCUAAUGGACUUGGUUUAGUUUGUGUAAUACAAUCAAGUUUUAUUAUAUACUGUUGUGAUUGCAUUAUGAUUGUUUAUCAAGACAAAAAUAUACCUGUGAUGUGUGAAUGUUGAAAUAAAAAUGUUUGCUUGUCUAAAAAUCAAUAUUGACGUUUUUAAAAUUGAGUUAUGACUGACUGAAAGUUCUGAAUUACUUUGACAUGUAUCUAAAUUCUUCGCUGCCAAUUUUUCAGAUUGUAUACAGAAAUAUAAACUCCAGAAAAAUUUUGUUUAGGAAAAUAUGGCCCAUUUGGUUUAAAGAGACGAUGAUAAAAUAGUUGAAAAUGUUUGUUAAAGGAAUUAAUGUAUAUUUUGGUUAACGAACUAAUUUUGCUAAACAGAUAUCUUGACUUUCACUCCACUUCUAUCUCAAACUUGGUUGAAUAUGAUUUUCUUUCUAGUCUGGAAUUGGAACUUUCUGAUUGUACUGAAUUUUUAUCUUCGUAUUUGAUUUAUAGUGAUUAUUAUUUAUUUGAUAAUCAAUAUUUUUGAGCUAUUAGUUCAAAAACUAGUUAUUUGAUUGUUCCUUUUUGGAAUUAUCGGUGGUUAUUUAGUAACAUUUAGUUGUAUUUUCCUUUCAAUAAAUUAUUGGAUAACACAAAAUAGAAUAUAUAAAUUAUGUACUGGACAUACUACUAUGAGUUGAGUUGAUAUGGGUAUCAAGUAGUUUUUGGAAGAGCUCAUUUCAGUUGAAAUAUUUUCAAUUGUUUACAGUUAUACUGGAAGUGAAUACAAACUCUGUUAAUUUGAAUGUAACACACCCCGUUUUAUAUCGCAUUUUGACAAUCUAUUAUGAAUUUAUAUACAACUUAUAAUUAGAGGAUUCAAGUUAUUUCAGUUUUUUUUUAAUUUUUGUAACUCUCUUCAAAUGCUUUUAAAAACCGAUGGAUGUUAACAUAUGUAGUGAGCUUAUACUGGGGUGUAAACAAACAAUAUUUCAACAUUUCUUUCGAGAUAUCUUCAUAGCACACUUAUAACCUUGUAUAUCCUGUACUCAUAGUAAUGCUCUAAUGUUUCCUUAUGUGAUGUACAAACUAUUAUUAAGGUAUGAUAUUUGGUUAUAAAUUAUUUUUUGAAUAUUUUCAAUGUCUCAGUCUAAUAAUUAUAUCUCUAUAAUGAAAAGGGGUAAUUUGAGAGGGUACAGCAAGAUCUGUAUGGUAGUUUAAUUAUAAGCCUUUCAUAUAAAAACAUAAUGUAUUACUGAAUGUUACCAUUUCAGUCUUAAGUAGCUAGAAUUGCUUUAUCAGCGAAUAUUUUGCAAAUUGUCUAACACUAUGUAAUCAUUAUCAAACUUUUUCUUUUUAUAGAAUAGACAAUUUUCAAAAAUAAUUUAAAAAAAUUCCUAGAACAAAUAAAAAUAUUUUCUAAUUUAAUACACAGAGAACAAAGCUUUUAAAAAGCAAUUUUUGGAAUAUAAUUAAGUAGUAUGUAGAGGUAGCUUGCCAUGAAUAUAAUAAUUCUAUAUUAAAGGUUUUUUAAGUCGUUUUGUUUGAUAUUAAAAGGAAUUUAAUUUAAUCGAUUUCAAUUUAACCUUCCUACCAUUGCAUAGUAAAUCUGCAAAAGUUGACAUCAAUUUAAUUAUAGUUUAUGAAUUUCAGUUUAGGGUAACAGUGAAUUGUGUAAUUCGAGUAGGCUCGUUUGCAAAAAGUUCUUUAGCCAUUUUUAAUAGUUUUUGCAUUAUCACUUAAGUUCCUUUCCUAUUUCAUCGGACAUCGAUUGGUAUUUUCUUUAUUAAUUUUGCCUGAAUGGAAUGUUGAAGUCGAUUAUUUACAAUGACUAGGAUUGAUUUAUUUUGACUUUUUCAAGGCUGUUGGUAUUGUGAUAAAUAAUCUACCAAUAAAAUAGGUCUGUAUUGUAUUUAGUUUCUAUUUUUUUUAUAUAUAUAUAUGUAUAAUUCAAUUAUGUUUCGUCAAAAACUUUGAAUUUUGUGAUAUAGUUUGUUUGUAACUUUAAAAAAAGUGUAACAUUAUUUUGUAAUUUGAGUUAGAGCAAUAAAUUAUUUUUUUGGAAA